UUAACAAGAAAGGUAACCUGAUAACAAACAAGGAAGUAGAAUAUCUGUGUCGUACUUAAAAAUGGUGUUUUCACAAUCAGUCAGAAAAGGACAAAUUCCUGUUAGUUGUGGAUUAUGUGAAACUGAUAGACCCAUCAAAUGGAAGUGUUUAGACUGUGAUCUUUUAUUGUGUGAUCAUUGUAAGGAGAAGGUACAUUUAAGAGUGAAAACUGCAAAGGAUCACAGAAUAAUCGAUAUAAAAGAAAUCGGACUCUAUAAAGAAGAACUAGAUUUUGCAAACAUUCCCUGUAAAGACCAUGCUGGACAAUAUACCUGUCUUUAUUGUAAGACAUGUGACACUCUUGUUUGUCCAACCUGUGUUUCAAAAAUUCACAAGAAACAUGAUCUAACAGAAAUUCAGGAAGGAUAUGAGAUGAAAAUAGACAAGUUGAAAAAAGGACAAAGUAAAAUUCAAAGGGAUAGGAAACAAAUAGUUUCAAGAAAAGAACAGCUUAACCAACUUUUAUCUUUGGAAAAUUCUAAAUACAACCAGGUUAAUCAAGAUGUUCUUAAGCAUGAAAUAUCUGUGAAAGCAGCAGUUGAAAUGUACUUUAAAAAACUCAGAGAAGAAUUAGAUCAGAAUAAAAGCACUGUCUCUAGUACAAUCAAAUCUGAUUUAAAUGCUGUCUCAGACUUACUAAAAGAAGCUGACAAUAAAAACAAUGAAGUUGAGGAUUUCAUUCAAAUAACUGAUGCUUCCAAGUUCUUUACAGAUAUUAACAAUUUAGAAAAAUCUAUAGACAUCCAAAUGCCCCAACUACAGUCAAAUUAUGUAUCUAUACCAAACUUUGUUCAAGGGGACAUCACUCAGUCUAACAUUGGGGUUUUGGAAUUUGAUGAAAAUCCAUCUCAUGAACACUAUAUUAAUUUGAAAAUAAAUAAACAAUAUCAAACUGAACUUGAGGUUGUAUCAUAUGUAUGCACAUCUAUAUACCAGUCUUUCUGGAUAAGUUCUGGUAAAUAUGGGUUAGUUCAAAAAGUGAAACCUGAUGGCACCAAACUGAAGAUACUAUCCAGUUAUAAAACCAGUGUUUAUGGUAUGACUGUUACUCAAUCAAAUAAUCUACUAUUGUGUUGUGAGGGAUCAAGACUCCAAGAAAUUAGCAGUAUUACAGGUAAACUUACAGACUCGGUAUAUAAUGUGUCACCAUUAGUACCUUCAGCAGUCUAUAUCACCAGUGACAAUAAAGUUCUAGUAGGAGGUGUUAAACCAGGAAGAAGUGUUGUAAUACUAAUGAAUCAGAAUGGAGACCAUGAGAGAGUGUAUGAACAUAAUCAACAUAAACAACCUGUAUUUACCUAUCUCUGGAGAAUAACUAGCACCAGUAAUGGGAAUAUUCAUGCGGUGGAUAGAGUAAGUGAGGACAGACUUAAAGUAGUAGUGUUAGAACAGGGUGGUGAUAUAAUCAAUAUCUAUACAGGAGAUACAGAGAUCAACAAGGACAGACCGUUCUUUCCAGGAGACAUAGUGACAACACCUAGAGACAAUGUUAUUGUAGCUGAUAUUUAUACUCAUACACUUCAUUUCCUGAACAAUGCUGGCCUGCUGAUGACAUAUUAUAAAACAAGUGACAUAAACAUAAUGUUACCGAUGUCUCUUGCAUUCUCUCCAACAGGACAACUUUAUAUAGGAUGUAUUACACCAGAAGGUAGUACAACCAAGGAGGCAAAGAUAUAUGAAGUGACCAUAUCAGGAUGUUGAAGUAUAAAAAUAUGCAACAGUAAAAUUCUUAGAAUGAGUACUCCAUUCCUAAAUUAAUAGUUGCCUUAUGCAGAUCUGUGUCAUUGAUACAUGGAUUGUACUAUAGUUAAAAGUAGAUUUUAUUCCAUGUCAUCAAAUAUGAUUUAUUUUUAAUUGUAUUAUGUACCAGUUGAAAUGAAUAAAUUUCAUGAUUCCAUGGUUUUGAGAAAUUUUGAAUUCCUCAUUUGUAAUAUAUUAUAGAUAGUUCAGUUUAAUCAAAGUCGAAAUGUUUGAACCUAAUUACAUGUGUAUGAUUUUGUUUCUACUGAAAUAUCAAUCAUUCUGUGAAAACUAUGUUCUUUUUUAUCAUUCCUUUUUAUGUAAUUUGUUUUUACAUAAAUGUGUCUUUGCAUGAUUUUUAUAACCUGUUCUACUAGCUGUUUAAUUUGAUCACAUCAUUAACAAACAAAAAAUCUAAAAAAAUUUUUUCAAAUUAUGAAAAUUUAUAAUUCUUUAUAAGGUUUAUAGUUAUUGAAUAAAAGUAUCAUUUCAAGUUA